AACUCUUUAUUUUUAUUGAUAAAUAUAAAUUCGUUCUCAUCUUUCGAGUCCAAAAAGGCAAGUAAAGUUGACAGAUCAGUAGUGAACAAACCGCUGAUCUAGUUUAGUUAAAGUGCCAGUCAUAUUUCAUAAUACGAGAUAAUACCGCUUGCUGACAAUGUGGAGUGUGGCGCAAUUGUGCCGGUGCUCGGCCCUGCGGGCGCCGUCGCUCGUGGUGGCCGGCGGACGGAAUGGAUUCACACAGUUAGCUGCCCGGCAGCUGGCUCCUGCUCGGACAAGUUCUACCUUGGGAUGCAGCAAAAAUAGAGUAUUUAGGAUAAGUGAGCUCCUGAAAUCAAACAACAUAGUAGCCCGCCUCUGCUCCACACCACCGAAGCCCAAACAAAGCAAGGCGGUCGGCUAUUGGCUGCUCGGCUGUUCGGGAAUGGUGUUCACUGCCGUUGUGCUAGGUGGUGUGACGCGUCUGACAGAAUCCGGUUUGUCGAUGGUGACGUGGAAACUGCUUGGGGAAAAACUUCCCACCACCGAGGCGGAGUGGGAGGCCGAGUUCAACACGUACCAACAGUUCCCAGAAUAUAAAUAUAAAAACCAGCACAUAAUCCUGUCAGAAUUCAAAUGGAUCUGGUGGAUGGAGUUCGCGCACCGCUCGUGGGGGCGCUGUAUAGGGGCGGCCGUGUUCCUGCCCGCCGCCUUCUUCUGGAUGAGGGGGUAUCUCGACAAGGGGAUGAAGGUCAGGGUGGGGGUGUACUGUGCCCUAGUCGCUGCUCAGGGUCUGAUGGGCUGGUACAUGGUCCGCUCCGGUCUCGAAGACCGUUUCCAAGGUCCGUCAGACGUGCCCCGGGUGUCACAGUACCGGCUCGCGGCACAUUUGGGGCUGGCGUUCAUUCUAUACACAGGCCUUCUUGGAGGGGCUUUAAGGGUGCUCCGCCCCUUCCCGCCGGGCACUUUACAGAAGAUUACGGAGUUGAAAAGUGUGACGGCUUUGGCGCACUCCGUAAAGGCGAUGGCUUUCUUCACUGCUUUAUCAGGUGCUUUCGUAGCGGGAUUAGACGCAGGCCUGGUCUACAACUCGUUCCCCAAAAUGGGAGACAACUGGAUACCGGACGACAUUCUGGCCUUCGCCCCUACAGCGAGAAACUUUACCGAAAACCCUACCACUGUGCAGUUUGAUCAUCGCGUGUUGGGUACGACGACGCUAGCGCUGGCGACGGCGCUGUUCCUGAAGUGUCGUCGUGCGCCGUUGUCGCCGGCUGCGAGGAGAGUCGCUUACGCCGUCGGCGCUAUGGCGUGGAUGCAGGUGGGGCUGGGCAUCGCCACACUACUCCACUACGUCCCAACUCCUCUAGCCGCGAGCCACCAGUCCGGCUCUCUACUCCUACUCACGUUAGCUAUCUGGCUCACACACGAAGUCAAGAUACUCAAAUACAUACCUAAAUGAACACAGCCAAGCAUGUGGUAUGUUCAUAAGUCAAGUAAGAGGCAAACAUAAGUUAAUGUAAAUAAAACCAAUUACAGAAAAUGUAAUUACACAUGAGGAAUAUGAUGUUUCAUCUUUUAAUUUUGCUUAGUUUAGUGAAAGAUAUUUCAAUACGUUGCGUUUGCAAACAUUCUGAAAAUAACACCAAGCUGGUAUAGAUACCAUCGCAUUUUCUCGAAAAUGUUCGUAUUUGUCGUGCUACAUCAGUCAGAGUCAGUAGUUUUUGUACUGUGACUGACUGAAAUAGCAUGACACGUUGCUACGUUUCCGUGAAAAUACGAUGGUACAUUAGUGCAUAAUUAUUUUCCUUCGUAUUUUCACGGAACCGUACGAAUGUGUCUUGCUAUUUCAGGCAGUCUCGGUACAAAAAGUACUGAGGUUGAUUGAAGUAGCAUGACAAAUACGUACGUUUGCGAGAAAAUACCAAGGAAAACAAUCAUGCACUACAUCUGUAAAGGAGUAUGCACUACAUCUACAGAUAUUUGUUUCAUUGGUCUGACAUCCCGUGGUCGUAUUAUCGAAUAAUUUUGUAACAAUUUCGUAAGUUUACUCUUGAUCUUGACCUAUUGUUAUUGGUUACUACAGUCAACGGUAAAAGUAUGGGUGUAGACAACUUACUCAAAAAUAUGUCCCAUAGUUCUUAAUUCACUGACAUAAGAGUUAUGGGACAUAUUUUUGAGAUGAUUUGUACACCCAUAUUUUUACCGUUGACUGUACAAAAAUAAUCGUCGAUAAUAUGAUGUAUCGGCCUCCGCCCACGUCGCCUUAAUGAUAGACCUUACGUUCCUAGUCCAUAUGAUAUUAGGCUUGUGCCGGUCAUGAACGAAGAACUGUUAAGAAUGAAAUCCCAUAAAGGACCGAAAGGAACUGAAUCUUUUUGCACGCUCUUAGGUCCUUUAGUUCAGUGGGAUUGGUGAGCGCUUGACAUGAGUGAAACAGAAAAUAGACUGAACGAAAUGUUCACAAUGACGCUGGCACGAGUGCGAACGAGAUAAAAGAGUGACAGACUGCCCUAAACCUGAAAAGUAUGAAGGAAAAUCAAAUAAUUGUUUCUAUUGUGUUAAACUUUUUAAUGUUUCCGUCAUUAUAGUAUCGUACAACUUGAAUCGUAAUUCAGUUGCCAAAGAUUAAAAAAACUACUGUAAAAUCGAUUCAUAUUCAUUCCAGCUCUCAACGACCGAAUUGAACUAAAGGAAGUAAAAGACCGAACUAGUUCGUUUGACCGAGAGCGGAGCGCUCUCUGUAGUGACCGAGCAGGCACAAGCCUAUAUGAUAUAAUAUUUUUUUGCGCUCAUAAAUUCAUCAAAACGACUGUCAUUCAUUUGAACUGAUGUGUAUGAGUAGAAUAUCAUACAUGAAAUAGAAUACUAUCGUAUAAUUUAAGUACUUAAGGGUCAUAAUUGAUUAUCAGUAUUUAAGACGCAUUUAUUUUGCACUUCACAGCAUCACCUUUAUUAGAUAUGCCAUAAGGUCGUUAACUAAGAAUAAAAGACGAACUAUUA